AUGAUUUCUGUUCUAGAUCUCUAUGGCAAAGCCUUUAUUUUUCCGAAGAAAACAGCCACUAGCUAUGUUCUCCUGUCUCCAGAUCUGCCCUUGAGUCUUCAAGCAUUUACACUUUGCAUGAAGGUGGCCUCAGUGUUACCAACCAAUCGGGAAAUCAUUCUUUUCGCUUACCGCACCAAGGACUAUGAUGAACUUAACGUGUGGCAAGAGUUUAAUGGCACCUUCAGCUUGUACCUGAGUGGUCCUGGGGUGUACUUCACUCUCCCAACACUCAACACCUUUGGAAGCCACAUGUGUGUGACCUGGGAAUCCAAAUCUGGUCUCACAGCCUUUUGGGUAAACGGUAAAAGGAGCCUAAGAAAAAUGCUGAGACCAGGGUAUAGGAUCCAACCAGAGGGCACUGUCAUACUGGGGCAAGAUCCGGACUCUUUCUUGGACAGUUUUGACGAGGCCCAAAGCUUUGUGGGAGAAAUAAGCAACCUUUAUAUGUGGGACCAUGUCUUAUCACCCUCCGUUAUCAAGAGUGUUUACCUCGACUACUCAUUUCCCAAGGGAAAUAUUUUUGAUUGGCAAUCAUUAUCAUAUAAGUGUACGGGAAAUGUGAUGGUGGAGUGA